CGACGUCUUAAUCCGCCACCAUGAGCAUCGACUGGUCUCUCGAGUGCUGUAACGACAAGCAGUUCCUGUCCAUCUUCCUCAUCAUCUGCUACGCCGUCGCCAUCUUCAAGCUAUGGCGCGUAUCGAUCCUCCACCCGUUCAAAAUUCUAACGGUGUUCCUACACGAAUUGGGGCACGCGACAGCUGCGUGGCUCACCUGUGGCAGCGUUAAAGGAAUGGAGGUGCAUCCUGACGAAGGUGGUGUGACCAAGACGAUCGGUGGACUCCAGUGGGUUAUCCUCCCUGCAGGUUACCUGGGAUCGGCCGUGUGGGGCAUGGCAUUGACGAUCGCAAGCGCCGACAAAACGGCUUCUGAAGUGGCAGCAGGUGUCCUCAUCUUCUUCCUCCUGAUCUUCAUCUUCUACGCACACAACGGCUACCUCCGCAUCCUGAACUUCUGCUUCAUCUUGCUGCUUGCGGGUCUGCUAGCACUGAACAUUUGGACGACUUUCGACGCUCUCCAAUACGUGACGCUCUUCCUCGGUGUCAUGAGCUGCCUCUUCUCGGUUUACGACAUCUGGGACGACCUCAUUUCCCGUCGCGUAAACGAGAGCGACGCCUCGGUCUUUGCCAAGAUGACGCACACUUCAAGUCGAUGCUGGGGAGUUAUCUGGGGUCUUAUCGCGCUCGUCUCGCUCGUUGCCGCCGUGUAUUUCAACCUGCUCGUUGCAGAAGACUCUGGCGAAUCGCUCACCAACAUCUCCGACGCCUCCUCAGGCACCAAGGUUGCUCUAGCCUGUGCCGUCGUCAUUGUGGCUUUCUCUGUACUGCACACUGGAUUCACGCGGAGAUGCAUGCUGCGGAAACGUGACGGAUUGGGAAGCUACUUUGCCGCUUAACUUUAGAUAUGAUGCUGACGAAGCACCAGACUGUCGUCGGCCAAAUGAUAUUUCUCCGGAAGCGUUCAUUCCUGGAUCGUUACCACCCGACAAGGUACAACUGCAACCUAUACACUUACCUACCAAAACGCUACGUGCUUGAAAAGCACGCACCUUAUAGUUCUAAGGACAUUCGUUGUCCGAAAGGCUUUCGAUCUUUUAUUCGCUUG